AUGAGCAUUUUUGCGACCGACUUCAAAGAUGCCUACCUCAGUGGAUCUGGCCCGCAUCUAGCUGCAGUGCUCACUCCGAUCGCGACGCCCGAUGAUCCGAACCGACUGCGCUCCUUCUACCAGUUCUCCAACGCCGCAUUCCUUUCUAAAGACCUUCAAUACGCGUUAUUCCAUGGAAAAAGCUUGAGAAUUCCCAAGGCCGAACAGAGUGCCUGGGUAGACAUUUUCUCGGCAUUCUGGGAAGCUAUUGGUGAGAUCCUGAAGUGUGAAGAUCGUCACCCCGGUGCCAGCAUUGUCUCCGUUUUCAAUGCGUGGAAAAAAGUUGCCAACACUUUGAUCAGAGGGUACUCCAGCUCUUCUAGCCUCCCUGCUUGGACACUGCCAUGUUUGUACACAGUGGGAAAGUACCUGCGCAUCUUUGCGAUCAAUGCCGACCUCGAGGCCUCAUCUUUGGUCUCGGCUGGCUUUGGAUUCCAGGAUGAUAUCGCAGCAGAUGUUGAGAAGAAUGCCCACCUGGAGAACGCGGCCCAGGUCAUCAAUCGCAUGUUUACUCUUUGUCUCAGUGACAGGGCACCCAUUGAGGAAUCUCGCAAAUGGGGUAUCUACCAGAUGACCAAUCUGUUGUUCAAAACUUAUUUCAAGAUCAACUCUGUUGGCCUUACCAAGAACAUUUUACGUGCCAUCAAAGCCUCGUCGGCUGAUUUGCCCUCUCUCGAUGCUUUCCCCAAAGCCCACAUCGUCACUUUCAAGUACUACGUUGGAGUCAUUCACUUUUUGGAUGAGAACUACGCAGAGGCCGAAGAGCAUCUGACAUGGGCUUGGAAGAUGUGCCACCGAGAUGCGUACAAGAACCGAGAAUUGAUCCUCACAUAUCUUAUUCCCUGCCACCUCGUGACUACUCAUACACUGCCCACCAAGGAACUUCUUGCGCCAUUCCCACGACUUGCACAACUUUUCCGGUCUCUUUCGACCUGCAUCAAAAAGGGAGACUUGGUCGGAUUCGACCAGGCCAUGACCGCUGGCGAGGAGGAGUUUGUCAAGAGACGCAUUUACUUGCCUCUUGAGCGUGGACGUGAUAUUGCUCUUCGCAAUCUGUUCCGCAAAGUCUUCCUCGCUGGAGGCUUCGAGGAGCCCAAGGAUGACCAGCCAGCCAUUCGACGAAGCCGUGUUCCUGUGGCCGAGUUUGCCGCUGCUCUUCAAGUUGGCACCAACGCGACUGGUCGAUCCCGAGUGGAUAUCGACGAGGUGGAAUGCCUACUGUCCAACCUCAUUUACAAGGGCCUCAUGAAAGGAUACAUUGCUCGUGAACGUGGCAUUGUCGUCCUGAACAAGAAAGGCGCUUUCCCGGGUACUGGUGUCUAA